AUGGCUUAUCAUCAACGUGGUAGAGUUAUUCUAUCAUCAAAUAGUUUUUGUUCAUGGUGGAAUUGGUGGGAAUAUUCAAAUAAUGGUAUAUUAUUAUUCGUGAUGGCUUGGGGUUCAAUUGAACGACAUUUACUUGUUUUUAAUCGAACAAUGAUGGAUACAAAACGAAAACGAUUCUUGUUUCAUGUAUUACCUAUGACAUCAGCUUGUAUUUAUCCUGUAAUAUUUUAUUUUGCUAUUAUCAUAUUGAAUACAUGCAAAAACCGAUGGAAUUAUAAUAAGGUUUUUUGUGAAAUACCAUGUUAUUUGAUGGAUCAAAAAAUUCUAACAACUUACGAUUUUAUAGCGGAUGUUGUGUUUCCUAUUUGUGCUAUUGCUACAGCUAAUAUAAGUUUAAUAUUUCGAAUAGUAUGGCAAAAACGACGUCAUCAAGCAGUAUGGCGUCGACAAUAUAAAUUAGCUAGACAACUUAUCUUUAUCGCAGUCAUAUACACAGUAUUUUGGUUUCCAUUGACAUUCAAUGGACUCAUAAUAACUUUUGCACCUUCAGCAAUAUUACAAAGUAUACAAGUAGAUUAUUUCUUUUUUCUACUUCACAUGGUACCCUCUUUAUUGCCAUUUAUUUCAUUGACUUGUCUAUCAAAUUUUAUGAAAACUAUUUUAAAUAAAUCGCAAACAACCAUUGUACCGUUACCUCGAUAA